AUGUUCCGUCUCUUCGGAUUCCGGCGAUCUCAGAGCGACAACUCCUCAUCGGAAACGCCACCUCCCCAGCUGAUCAACGUACAGGAUUCCCAACCAGUCAGGCUGCCGUCUACACCACCACCCCAGCUGGUCAACGUACAGGACUCUCAACCAGUCAGCUCGCCGCCUGAAACUACUCCUCCCCUGCUGGUCCGCGUCCCGGAGUCUCCCAACGUCGCCGCCCUCCCCAGCGACGACGACUACUUUGCCAAUUGGGUGGCCCAGCAUACUGCCAGCGGCGGCGCCGCAGCCGCCGUCGCCGCGUUGGGCACGCUCGCCGCCGCCGCCUCUGACGCCUCACGAGGACAAGAGCGUCUCGGCGGCAGCAGGACCAACCAGAACGGCGACCUCGCCUCAAGCCAGAGCGUUGAGCAAACGGCAGAAGGGUUCCAGCGCAUCACCAUCACCGCGGAGCAGCAAGUAGAGGCUGCUGUUGCUGCUGCUGCUGUUGCCAGCAACGCCCGGCAGCAUGGCGAGACUCGCCCCAGACACCACUACCGUAGUUACCAGGCGCACGCGACGGCGCUGGACCUGCCGUUUACCAGCGGCGCCGCGGAAGCGUCGCGACGAGUGACGCGCGAGCGCGAGGAGGACUUACGGGAGUUCUACAGGCAGGUGGAUGAUGAUGCAGAAAAUGCGCGUGUGGAAGGAGGUCAAGAGCGGCGUCAGCAGGAGGACAGCAGUCGAGGUGGACAACAGCCGCCUGCUGCUGCUGCUGCUGACACAGAUUAUACGCGUCGUCCAAGUCGCGCGGCGGCGGAGGCUGGUGGAAAAGUCAGACGCCGCGGGCGUUUCGGCCACGUCGGCAGCGGCAACGGCAAUGGCAUCAUCGCGGUCGUCGACAAGACGGAGCUGCAGGAGAAGGGCAGCGUUGGGUGCGAUAUAUGCUACGAGCGGUGGCACUGGGCGACGUCCGAGGACGUCGAGCGCGUGGCGCCGGGGAAAGCGACCAUGUUCGGGGAGAACGAGGAGGCCACGGGGGAGGAGGAGGAUGAAGCAGCAGCAGUAGCAGCAGCAGCAGCGAGGGUGUGCCAAGAGCCCAGGAAGCUGCCUUGCGGACACAUCUUUGGGAAGGAGUGCUUGACGGAUUGGUUGGCGAGGAAGGACACCUGUCCGGCCUGCAGACGCAAGGUGGCCACGGGGAGUGCAUCGUCGCCCUACGCCACCGGAUUGGAGAUGUUGAGGGUUAUUUACAACGAUAAAAACAAGAAGAACAGGGAUGAGUGGGAGGGGGCGCUCCAGAUUUUCAGAGGAUCCCCUGCCUUCCUGGACGAAGGCUUUACAUACUGA